AUGGGGGGUGCCCUGAGGGAACAGACGGGAGAGGAUGUUCCCAGCCCACCGGAGAAGGGGGUACAAACUGGAGGGGUUUCCUUGGCCCUGCCGCUGGAGUCCGGACGCCCCCUCUGCAAAAAGCUUGCCAAGCCCAUUGUGACAGCCAGCAAAACCCAGGUGCCCGAGAACGGGACCCUCACCCUCACGUGUAACACUUCCCCCAGCGCUGACACCGUGCUCUGGCUCCAGAACAGGUCGUACAUCACACCCAACAAGCGGCUGGGGCUUCCCAACAACCGGACCCUCACGGUGCAGAAUUUCAGCUGGGGCGACACCGGGACCUACCAGUGCAAGAUCGGGAACCCUGUCAGCACAGAACGCAGUGAGUCCAGCACCGUGCCUGUGAGUAACUAUGGGCCUGAAUCCACCAGGAUAGACCCUCCAGGACGCAUCACCCUGACUCUUGGGUCCCCUCUGACCCUGACAUGUGUCGCCGACUCUGUCCCAGCCCUGAGCUAUUCCUGGUUUCUCAACGGCAACAAAUUACCCCAGACCGGGAGCAGCUUGACCUUUGACCUGACAACGUUAAAUCUGGGCACAUACGAGUGCCAGGCUGACAACCCCGUCACUGGCCUCACGGCUAACGCAGAGAUCAAGGUGCUGGAAAUGCUGCCCAGGCACAAGGUGACGCCUGCCCAAACCCAGGUGCUGGAGAACAGGCCCUUCACCCUCAUGUGUAACAGCUCCCCCAGCGCCAACACCGAGCGCCUGCUCCACAGCUCUCACUGGGGGAUUGAAUCUCAGAGGGAGAGGGAGGAGCUGCCCCACAUGCGGCCCCGUGGCUGA